CUGUGGGAAAGAGAAACCAGAACCAGAAAAGCUGCCCCGAACAAUUUCUUCCAAAUCGGUCAGUCGGAUUUUGAUGAUCGCAGUGCGUUGUCGCAGUGCCACCAACACACAACGGAUGUUUUCUCAGACUCCGGGGGGUGUGCGAAUGCUGACGGCUUCAAGCGGCUGCGGGUCAAAUGCAGUAUGCUGACGUGAUUAUUAAGUGAUUAUUUAUUGGUGAAAAUCAAUUAAUAAUACUCACAGUGGUUGUUGUUUUCACUUUUAAGUUGAGUUGACAAUAACGUACCCCUCGCGUGUAAAGCGAGUAUCCCCUCAAACACAACCAAGCAAACUCCCAUCAUCGUCGAGGGCACUAAAGAGCUGCGGUGCUGUCACGCAACGCUUUGUAGUGUCGCGUUAGUAAACGUUUUGCGCUCCGCGCGAUUCGAAGAGUUUUAAUUAUUUUUUACAAUAAACGGGAAAAGCAUUGACAGCAUCCGAAGACCAACCGUCAGAGCGGCAGAGUAAUCCAUCGAAAACCUCCUCCGGUGUGUGUUUAGGGUCGCUUCAGGUCGCGUCCGGAGCACCCUUGAAGGUUGACGCCAUCUGGCAUGCGGCGACCACUGCGCGACCGCUCAUCUACACUUUAUUCGGAGAGGCGUUCUCAAGGUUGACUCAAGAUGCUGCCUUGCGUUGCCUAGGGGCUCCCGCCAAAGUGCAAUCGUUUAGGGAAGCAAAUCCAUCGUAUUGUGGUCUGUUUCCAAUCUGACGACAGUUGUUUGCGGAAGAAUCGAUCAACGAGUAACUAUUGGGACCAAAUCCAGCAUGUCUUUCCUGCGCAACAUACGCAACAAUCUAGCCAAUCAUGGCUACAACACCCAAGGCAGCGGAAAACCGAAACAAACCACCAACACCCCUCGUAAUACAAUCAAUGAACGCCCCCAUCUUUCGAACUCCGCCAAAAUGCACAACUCCAGCGAUCGCCUGUUAAUAGCUAGUGAAUCCGAACAGGAUCGGUUCGGAAUGUACGCUGAAAGAAGAGAUAGUGGAUCGAACCCGACUACCAGAAGAGGAAGUAAUUCGAUUGGGGCUACCCUGCGACGAGAUGACAAAUACAGCAAGGAGAAUCCAGCACCGAUCAUCGUGUAUGUGGACAAGUACGAGACCGGCCCGAAACGGGCUGGGAUACUUCGCAAGAAUACCUUCACCAAAAGCGAUCGUGACCAGGAACGUCGUCAGUCUGGCAAUGCAAUUACUCGGAGCGAUACUUUUACGAUAAACGAAUCCGAUGAUGAGAAGAAAACGAACACAAACACGUACUCGAAGAAGAAACAGAAAGAAAAGUCUCAGGAAAAUAUCGUUGACACUGAACGAGGAUCAACGGAGAAACUGCCGGUUGUGGUAGAUUCGCGUACCUAUCGAAAGAAAUCUCUCAAAUCAUCGAAACCUGUACAGAAAGUCGAAAGCUUUAUCAAACGUUUCGAGAAAAGCCUUUUCAAGCAUGAGUCCAAGAAGAAUGCCCGAAAAGAUUCCAAUUCGUCGGUUGAAACGUACGUGCCGACUUUCAGAGAUAUUGGCAUUAACUGUAAGCUAGACGAGGAAGAAAAACUGAAGGCCAAAAAGAAACGACAAAGUUCGAGGGAGUCAUUGCUCGAAACGAACAGUGUUGACCAUAGUUCCUCUUCACAGAAAAGCGCCAACGAAGUGACAGCUACGCUGCGAAAUAGGGCACGGGAGAGAAGCAAUUCUCCUAUCAAAAAGCACUCAACCUACGACCGGAAGCAAAAACGAUUUGGGCGUGAAGAAACUCCAGGCACGGAAUAUCAACGAAAUACUUCACCUUUCGAAACCCUUGAGUUGAAAUCUAAGCCCUCGGAAAAUGGCACUCUCAAAGCACGUAAGAAGGAAAUCGAAAUGGGCUACAGCACUGUUAAUAAAAAAGUCACUUCCACUUUGACGCGUACUCAGACUCCAGAUAAAAAUAAAUCUAUCCUAGUUAACACAACACGUAGGGAGCGCUUCGAACCGGAUAAUACCCGAACUUACAUGGUAACAGCUAGCGCGCAUCGAGUAGAAUUUGGAGGACGAAGUCCUUUCCCUUCGAAUACGUACGACACUCUUAGGGAAGAAUACGAGCAAGCUAAUCGAAAACCGGUUGGAGUCGCUAGUCCUCGCUUGAGCUCGACGCAUGAAGUCACUAUAACAAAUAGGAAGGAUUCCACCGAACUACCGAAGUACACCUUCGGAACAAAUUUGCAGGAGCGACGUAGUCGCUUCCAGCAGUUCCAGAAAUCGUUUAAAAAGCUGGACGACGAGAGCGACGAAGUCAGCCAUCAGCAGAGCUUUUUUGUGCCAAUCUAACGAGACUAACUAAGUGAUAGUGUUCCCACCGGGAGCAUUCAGACUUUGCAGCUAAUCAUCGAUAUGCCUCAUUGAUUAACUAACUUUUUAAUAUUACUCGCCUAUCUGGAAUAAAACAAAAAAAAUAACUACCCCAUGCGGGAAGAAA